AUGCCGGCCACCAGCGCUACCACCACCACCAUAAACGGUCGCUCCAGUCGAUCUGGGGCCUCGAGGAAGAUUCUCGUCCUCAAGCUGUCCUCCGACCUCUUGAGCCAGUUCGUCACGCCGCCGCCCGAAGGCAGGGACGACCGCAAGACCCGCAAGGCCAGCGAUAGCCACGAACCCCCCAUCAAGAUCCAGGAGCCUUCGUCCCCGGCCUCCUCGUCGGGCGAACCGCCGCUGCCCCCCUCCUCUGUGGACAAUGCCUCCGAUGCGGCCUCCACUCCGGCUGCAGGCACGUCCGCGGACACUCCCCGUCGCAAGGGCGUUCCAGGCCCUAAGCCGGGGACCAAACGGGGACUGAACCAGACGGGCGAGACGACCCCAAAGCCACGCGGCAAGCCAGGUCCGAAGAAGAAGCCCAGACUGGAUGAUGGAACCGUCGACCAUGCCAAGUUGGUGGCCAACCACAAACUGGGACCCAAGGCCAACCUGGGCGCGAUCAACGCUGGUCUGCGUGCUCUGGAUCGCAGCGGGGCGCCGUGCCGUCGCUGGGAGCGCAAGUCCCUGCAGCUGAAGAGCUUCACGGGGAUCCAAUGGAACUUGGAGAGCUGGCGAACCCCCCGCCCCAUCCACCCGGAGAACGGCGAGGUCAAAGAGCUGGGCCUUGAGACGGGCGACAGCGACAGCAAGGCCAACCAGAGUGCCAGCGGCGUGCCCAGUGAGAAGAGCACGGGCGAUGGGGACCUCACCCCUGCCCCUCCCAAUCUCACGGAAGCGUCUUCCCCUGCCAUCGCCAUGACAGCCUGA